AUGGCGAAUUCAGAGAUGGAAGUACUGGAGGGCAUUGUGCAUGGAUUGCAGCAAAAGAGAUUGAAACGGAAAGAAGAUGAGUGGACAGAGAAAUUUAACAUUAUCCAAGGAAGAAUUGAGGCGACACUAGAAGGGUACAAAGUGGACACGGAACUACUUGAAAAACAAUUGAUUAAAAAGUGCUCAGCUAUCAAAUUCGCGGAUAACUUAGAGGAGCUUUCUAAGCUCAUUACUGAUGCCUCGUCUAGAGCAGAUCAUAGUCAAAAAACGCAGGUCUUUAUCGUCGGGUACCAAAAUAAAUCGACACAACGGCUGCAGAUGCUCAACGAUGUUGUGGAGAAUUUACACAUGGCGUCACUUGACGACGAUGACCCGUCGAUGUCGACGGACUCUGGGCUCGGCGAAUUCGACAACAUCGACCUGACGAUUGACGAGACUAUCGGAGGCGUCUCGGAGGCCAUUCACAAGCUUGACGAUUUAUCAGAUGACAUCGUCAAAAUCCUCGAAGCAAAUAGAACUGGUGCUGGGGCGAAGAAACGCCGAGUUCUAGAGCGAAAAGUCAAUGCUCUGAAGACGGAGCUGAACGACUCAAAGAAGAAGCUAGAAGACAUGAAAGGAGAAAUAGCGGCAGAGCAAGGGAAGAACUUUCAGUUUCUAGCAAAAGUGAAAAUGCGCGAUCAAGAUAUUCAAAAAUUGGAAAAGGAAAAAGAUGAGCUUUUGGAAAAGGCUGAAGAAGCAACUGCCGAAAUGCGUCAGGCAAAAACAGAUAAAAUGGAUGUGAUCUUCAUGUACGAGGAGCGUAUCAAGGAAUUGAAUAGAAAGAUCCCGGGCUCGCGCGAGCGCGCCGAUAAGGAGAUCGCAACUGAUCCGGUGCAGAUCAGCGAAGCGGUGGAGGUCGAUGGGGAUAAUUUGGAAGUCCCUCAAGCAGUUCCAAGCAGGGUUCAGUCCGCAAACGUGUUGUUGGAGAAAAGUUCAUUCGAAAUAAUGUACAUCGAACCAAGAAGAAUGCUAAGUGCAGACGAGAAGCACACUAAGUCGUUGAUUCUGAAAGAAGACGAUUUAGGACCAACACCGACGACUCUCUCACGCCCCACAACAGCUACCCAAAGCAUUCAAACUGACGAAAUGAUCAUGCCAGAUCCAGUUGAGUCCGUCAUCGUUCAUCCGCCAAAGCCAAAGCAGAAGAAAGCAAAAGGCUCUGUGUCUUCUACAAAAGAUGAUGAGAAACCGAAAUCCUCAAAAACUGCGAAAAAAUCAGUUAAAAUGCAGAAUUCAACAAAACCUGCUAAGCCAACUGUAGCGUCGAGCUCGAAAACGACAAAACCAUUCGCAAAGUCAUCACCAAACAUACAAUCAACAGAAUUAGAACAACAAAAGCAGUCGGUGAAUAGUCAGGAAAAGAAAGAAACCCAGGCUACGCCAAAGGCGGAAGUUCUCGAAUCCGCGGGGCGCCUUUACUCAGCCACGCAAAAGACAACUGACCGCGCUUUCAUCAGAUGUUUUAACAAGCUUCUUUGGUUCUCUGCGGAAAUCGAGGAAGUGCUGGGCAUACGGAAGUCCGCGAAAAUUAUUCAAGAAAGAAAUGACUUCGAGAGUCUUCAGGAAAAUGAGCGCGUCGCCGAGGCUAACCGAAUCCUUGCUCGGACCGAAGAUAUUGUCGAAAACUUGACAGCUGCUAUCAAAGCCCACAGUAUUGUAAAUGAACAGUUUGGCAUAUCAGAAGCAGAAGCCAUGACAGAUCUGGAGGAGAAGUACGAUAACUUGAUGGUCAAAUAUCGCCAGUCUCUCGAAGAACUGAAGAAAAUCAAAAGAAAAGAACUUUUGCGAAAAACAAAAAGCGAAUCGCAUAAUCUAUCAAAGUCGUCUGCCGGUCUGAAUAAGUUCUUUGCGACGUUUGAUGCCCGGCAGAGGAAGGAUUCGCUCAAGGAAAGCGGAGUUCUUUCUGAUUCAGCUUCCUCGAUAAACAGAAAGAAGAUCUCAAUUGACCUCGAGGAUAAAACGCAAAAAGCUCCUCCUCGGGUUUCAUACGUUUCUUCGAGCUCUGGAAUCGUGACGAAACCACGAAGCGACCGAUUUGAUACGAUGACUCAAUCGCUUAUCUCUAUCGAAGAUACUGUCCAAGCUCCAGCUGAGCUACUUGAAGACUUUGAACGCUUCACUGACGACUUGGUGGAUGGAGUAAUCGCCAACAAGCAGAUAUCGCAAAUAGCCAUUCCAUUUAUUGAACCGCAGAAAGUUGAAGCAAAUCACGCUGACCCUCCAAAUUCAAGAGCAUCCGUCCGAACAGAAGUGAUCGAAACAGACCACAUCAGAUCAGCACAGUACACGAACUCUAAAAUCCAAAAAUUCGCCAACGAAUGGUCACGUGCCAUUUCAACUUCUGAGUACGCGCAUGACAUUCGCACGAAUCUGACGAAAAUGGAAAAACUUGAAAUUCGACGAAACAGAAUUUGGACCACGAUGACGGAAGAGAUUUACCGACUGCGCCACGCGAUUCGCUACCAGAUUCGCAAAGCCACGAAGGAUUUGCGAAUUAGAACGAUUCGAAAGUUCCAGCCCGAUCUAUUAAAUUUGUUCAUUUCUGGUGAAAAGUUUAAAAACCAGCCGGAAUCAUCCAAGGCCCCAACUCAUUCAAGAGCGGGUCAUCUUCUCCGAGGUCGUCUAACCGAACUAUCACGUGGAUUUCAAGUCGACAGUUUCGAUGAUUUCCAGCUCACCGGAUCCAGCUGUCUUCUUUCAAGUCAAAGGGAUUUCGAAGCCUCCCAAAAUGUCAACUCCGCACCGAAGCUUCCGAAGUUACAACCUCCAUCAGCGAUUUCCUCUCGUCCGAGUUCCGGAGAUUCAAGCCGGAGUAGACCAACACAAAGCUUCCUUCAAAUGGAUCUUUCACGACGCACAAUUCCGCACAAGCCGAUCUGA